AUGGCAGCACGAGCCACAACAAUCUAUACUCUCUUGCUAACAUCCCUCCAAUUCCUCCUAACAUUUCACGUAACAUUGGCGGCCGGAGGAAAAUGGGAUCUCCUCCUUUCCAACGUCGGAAUCUCCGCUAUGCACAUGCAGCUCCUUCCCAACGACCGUGUCGUGAUGUUCGACCGAACCAAUUUUGGUCCAUCGAACAUCUCUCUCCCCAACGGUAACUGCCGUAACAAUCCACAAGACCCCAUCUCCAAAAUUGACUGCACAGCUCACUCCAUCGAAUACAACGUUGAAUCAAACACUGUUCGUCCAUUAACUGUACAAUCCAACACAUGGUGCUCCUCCGGUUCUCUUAGACCGGACGGUGUUCUUGUCCAAACCGGUGGAGACCGGGACGGGGAGUUAAAAGCGAGAACCUUCACUCCUUGUGGUAACAAUGAGUGCGACUGGGUCGAGAUUAACAACGGAUUAGCAAGGAGGAGAUGGUACUCUUCUAACCAUAUCCUUCCCGACGGUAAACAAAUCAUUAUCGGAGGUCAAAGACAAUUCAACUACGAGUACUUCCCAAAAACGACAUCUCCUAACGUCAUCGACUUACCGUUUUUGGCCGAGACUAAUGACAGAGGAGAAGAGAAUAAUCUUUACCCUUACGUUUUCCUCAACACCGAUGGGAAUCUAUUUAUAUUCGCUAACAACCGAGCGAUACUACUCGACUAUGUUAAAAACAAAGUGGUGAAAACUUACCCGGCGAUUCCCGGCGGUGAUCCUAGGAGCUAUCCGAGCACUGGCUCAGCCGUGUUAUUACCGUUGAAGAAUCUUGAAGCGGACAAGAUCGAUGCGGAAGUUCUGGUGUGUGGAGGUGCACCGAAAGGAUCAUUCAUCCUCGCGUUUAGAAAGAGAACGUUCGUGAAAGCUCUUGACACGUGUGCGAGAAUCAAGAUCAACGAUGAGAAUCCUCAAUGGACUGUUGAGAAGAUGCCACAUGCUAGAGUCAUGGGAGACAUGACGCUUUUACCCAACGGAGAUGUGUUGCUUAUCAACGGUGGUUCUUCUGGGUCAGCUGCAUGGGAGCUUGGUCGUGAACCUGUUUUCGUACCUGACCUAUACCAUCCAGAGAAUCCGGUUAACUCGAGGUUUGAGUCGUUGAACCCGAAUACAAUACCAAGAAUGUAUCACUCUACGGCAAUUCUUCUACGUGAUGGGAGGGUUCUUGUCGGAGGAAGUAACCCUCAUGCAUUUUACAACUUCACUGGAGUGCUUUUUGAAGGUGUAGAUCCUGCGGAGUAA